UGUGCCAAUAAUAUCAACUCAUGUCUCACCUCAACAACGAAUUAUUAAAAGAGAAUUUGACCAGGCUGAUUUUGAAGGAAAUCGAUAAGAAACGUUAUGAAAAAAGGCAACAAUUAUUAGCCAGACGACGAAAGUCGCAGAAACAUAAAGUUCCAAUAGACCCUUAUGUUAUUCAACAAUUACGUAAUAAAGAAAAAAGUGGAGCAUCAAAAGGUUCAAGAAGGGUUUUAAGAGAGGGAAAAUCACCUUCCCCGCCAUUAAGCCGUCAAAAAAUAAAACGAAAAGCAGAGUGGUCGCAAGGAGACGGACAUACAAUUGCUAAAGUCCAGAGAAAAGUCAACAAAAAACAAUCACAAAGAGCUUCAAGAUUAUGGGUUAAAAAUCUGAAGAAAAGAAAUUUAGAGUUUCGCUCAUAUAAAACAAAAAAUAAAUGGGCAAUAAGAAAACCGACACAAAAGGAUAUCAACAGAUUUAAACCAUCUCUUUGGUAAAAGAUGGCUGAUUACACUAAAUUUCUUGACGAUCUAUACAAUAAUCCAGAAUCACCUGCAGCUUUUUCAGGAAUUGAUCGACUUUGGUAUGAAGCACGUAAAGUUUUCAAACAUAUACCAAGAAAAGCUGUUCAACAUUACUUAGAAGGGCAUAGAACAUACACUCUUAUGCGACCCAAACGUAUUCAUUUUAAAAGAUCAAAAACUGUAGCAGCUGGAUUUAUGACAGAUGUACAAGUUGAUUUGGCAGAUUUCCAACAACUUUCUAGACAUAAUAAAGGAAAUCGUUAUUUGCUUCUAGGUAUUGAUGUCCUUUCUAAACGUGUUUUUGGUGUUCCUGUCAAGUCCAAAAAGACUGAAGAAAUGAUAGAAGCCUUCAAAAAUUUAAUUUCACAAAUGCCAAUGAAACCUCAACGAAUUUUUUCAGAUAAGGGGACAGAAUUUAAAAAUAAACAAAUGAAGGAAUUUUUUGAAAAUGAGGGGAUAGAAAAGCAUGAGCCAACACAUUCUAUCGUCAAAGCUUCAGUUGC